AGAAAAUCCUAUGGAAAAUUAAGCGGAUGUUUUUUGUAUUUUGGACUGAAAAAUUACAAGUAUGAGGCCAUGAGCUGCGAGCAGACAGCUGGCAGACGGACUGACUGCAUCCCCACUGCUGAUGCCUGUAUUGAUGCGGUGUGUCUGGGUCCUCCGUCUGGAGUGAAACCUCUCUGAACUAAAACAAGGGGGACCAUGGACAAACCAGACAGGUGUGCCUGUAAUGCUCAGGGGUGAGAAGGAGAGCAGCUGAGGAGGAGGAGAUGGGCUGCACCUCUGCCAAGCAGGUGUCUGCCGUGCCCAACGGUGAGGAGGGCCAGAAUAAAGCCUACAGCAACGGGGACCUCCUCUCAGAUGAGUACAAGAUGAAAGGAGUGGAGAAAGUCAAGUACAUCAGCGGAGAAGAGGGAGGCGUGGACGGCCAGGACAGCACAGAGAAAAGUGCUCUCCUUGGUAAAGGUCAACACAUGGAUGAGACGGGGUCAAACGGAAAUGGAAAGAUCCUGAGCAUCCACUCCUCAGAGAGUCAGCAGGAAUUCUUCAGGAUGUUGGACGAGAAAAUAGCAAAAGGCCAGGACUACUGCUCAGAGGAGGAGGACAUGACAUAGCACUGUGGUCGUGUAUGUGUCGGUCCCAGUAUGAAGAGAAACAGUCAUCACCGUAUGGAUCGUACCAUGUGUUACCAUAUCAGGGGGGGGCUUCCCCUUGUAUGUACAGAACACGCCUGAGAAAAAUGGAUUACUGACUUGAAUCAAGCACCUUUUUGACCUCCUGUUCACAAACUUAGUUCCUGCUCGUAUAUCAAGAGAGAAAAGGAAAAAUCAAAGAUGGUUCAGUAUUUUUAAGUUUUCAACAUUUUUUCAAAAGCCAUUACAGGACGACAGUGAUCUUGGGAUUUUAGGACGCACCUGCUUUUCUCUCCCUCCUUGGAUUAGUCUGAUACACAUGGCUGUCACUGAGACAAUUCAAACAUUCAGACGGCAUCUAAAUAAUGUCCCUAUCUGCAUCAUUUUGAAUAAUUCAUCCUUGAAUGCCUCCCUGAAAAAGUCAACAGGUUGGAAACUUCCUGCAUUCCAAGACACAGUAUGAACCUCUUUUCUACAGUAUGUUGGCCAGUACAGUGUGUCCGUCUGUCCGUGUCCGUUUCUGCUAUGAUGUAGAUUAUUUAUGUUGAAUAAGGCUCAGGGUUGAAGUGUUGUAAUCUUUGUCUCAUGUAGUCAAGUCCUUCCUCUCGUUAGGACACUGUUGCACCAUUAAAAAGACACUCAUGCACUCAUACGGCGGGGUCGUCCAUGUCCCCCGCUUCAGUAUCUGUCCCUCGUUGAUCCAACAGGGUGGACACAACGCUACGUCACUUAUAAGUCUGAUUAUGUAUUUCGCUCACCAGUGUUAUGUUGUUGUGUUCAGUUUCUAUGUUGAAUUUUUGUUUUUCUAAUAAAAUAAAAGGUGUUUUCAGUAACUUA